GCCAUCUUUCUUUUUUCUCUAAAUAUAAGACCGCGUGGACGGUAUUUCCUAAAAGAGAACUACACACAACAACAACAUGACUAACUCCAAGGGUUAUCGUCGCGGCACCAGAGACAUGUUCUCCCGCCCCUUCCGCAAGCAUGGUGUCAUCCCACUGUCCACCUAUAUGCGUGUCUUCAAAAUCGGAGACAUCGUUGACAUCAAGGGUCAUGGUGCUGUCCAAAAGGGUAUGCCCUACAAGGCCUACCACGGCAAGACUGGCCGUAUCUACAACGUCACCCCCCAUGCUGUCGGUGUUAUUGUAAACAAGCGUGUCCGCGGAAAGAUCCUACCCAAGCGCAUCAAUGUCCGCAUUGAACAUGUCCACCACUCCAAGUGCCGUGAAGAUUUCUUGCGCCGUGUCAAGGAAAACGAACGCUUGUUGAAGGAAGCCAAGGCUAAGGGUACCUGGGUUAACUUGAAGCGUCAACCUGAACAACCCAAGAAGGCUCACUUCGUUAAACAAAUCGAAGAACCCAUCCUAUUGGCUCCCAUUCCUUAUGAAUUCAUUGCCUAAGUUAUGUUUAACAUAUCUUGGCUUGAUUGAAGGAGGAGUUCUGUUUAGUUUUUUUACAUGCUGCUGUUGUACAUGGUCAGAAGAGAUGCUUUUCUAUGAAAAUUAUCUUGUAAAGUUAUGACAAAAA